CACGGAAAUAAAACCCACCACCAAUUGCUGCUAAAAAAUAUCAAUUCACCGUGAAUACCCAACAUCUACAAAUCAACAACAAAUCAAGAAACCCUCAGCUAUCUCAUAUAGAAUCCAGUCAAUAACUAGGGAAGUAGAAAAAAAAGAAGAAGAAGCAGAAAACCAUCUCUAACUUGGGUCCCAUGGUUGAACUUUGCUGGAGGAUUGAAACUAUUUUUGUUUAACCUCUGUCUAAAUUGUAUGACCCAAAAAAAAAAGAGACGCUUUCAGUUUCAUCACCCCCACUGUCAGCCUACAACCACCCAUGUCAAAGGUGAGAGAAAACAACUCUGGAUGGUCUUUGUUGGGAACGACAACUCUAGCCACCGGUGGAAGGUGGUCCCUAUCAGGAGCAACAGCUCUAGUUACCGGUGGAACUCAUGGAAUUGGCCGUGCAAUUGUGGUGGAACUAGCUCAACUCGGUGCCACAGUCCACACUUGCGCAAGAAAAGAAGCAGAUCUGAAUGAACGCUUGCAAGAGUGGUCCUCCUUGGGAUUCAAAGUCAGUGGUUCAGUAUGUGAUGCAUCUUCAAGAGAUCAAAGAAUUCGGCUCAUCGAAAAGGUCUCUUCCAUAUUCAAUGGGAAGCUCAAUAUCCUUGUAAAUAACGUUGGAACAUGCAAAGGGAAGCCAGCUGAAGAGUUUACCUCUGAAGAAUACGAUAUGAUGAUGUCUACAAAUCUUGAAUCUUGUUUUCACUUUUCCCAACUCGCUUAUCCUCUCCUAAAAGCGUCUGGGAUCGGGAACAUAGUCUUCAUUUCCUCUGUUACAGGUUUGGUAAGUAUACAAGGUUUAUCUGUUCAAGCAGCAACAAAAGGCGCAAUAAAUCAGCUGACCAAGAAUUUGGCUUGUGAAUGGGCUAAAGAUAACAUUCGCGUAAAUUCCGUUGCCCCUGGGGUCAUUAGGACCCAAUUAAGCCAAGCUGUACUUAAUUCUGAUGAAAAAUGGAAGAAAUUCAAAUCAAGAAUUCCAAUGAAUCGAGUUGGAGGGCCAGAAGAAAUUUCAUCCCUGGUAGCUUUCCUUUGUCUUCCAGCCGCUUCCUACAUAACCGGACAGGUUGUAGCUGUCGAUGGAGGACUGACUGUUAACGGAGUCCAGUGGGACUAAUCAUUGAACCAUUCCCACUUCUCAUUGAUGCUGUAGUUCAGGAAGAAGUAUUGUUUAAUCUAGAAGCAUUUUGAGGUAAAAGAAUGGCAUGAGUUCGGUUUCAUGGUAAAAUACUAAGAAUUGGCUUGCAUAUUGUCAGUUGGUGUACUACUACUGUAUUCUACAUGCAUGUAAUUUUAAACAUUCCAGCAUCUUCAGCUAAUUUGCCUAU